AAGGUAGCAGAUGCGUUUGAAGCUUACAUUGGAGCAUAUUACUUAUCUGAAGGAGAAGAAGCGACAACGACUUAUUUAGAACAGUUAAUGAAUCCACUAUUUGCACUUAUAUUAACAAGUAUGAAUGGUAAUCGUAAUGUUAAAAAAAUGAUGAAAGUUAUAGCAAAUUAUUUCAACAUGGGAUUUUUAUUAACUGUGCCAAAAUUAAAGUAA